GGCCCAUACGCAACCCCCCUCUUUCCAUCACACAUACCACCCACAAUGUCUAAGCUAGGAAACCGCGCCGACUGGGCCGACGACGAGGAGUUUGACGACCCCUCCGCCCUCCCCGCACAGCAGAUCACGACGAACAAAGAUGGCACCAAGACCGUGGUCUCGUACCGCUUCAACGACGAGGGCAAGAAAGUGAAGGUCACCCGCCGCAUCAAGACCACCGUGGUGCGGGAACACGUCAACCCCCAGGUCGCCGAGCGCCGCAGCUGGGCCAAGUUCGGCCUGGAGAAGGGCCACGCCCCGGGCCCCUCCUUCGACACCACCUCCGUGGGUGAGAACAUCGCCUUCCGCCCCAGCAUCAACUGGAAGAUCCAGGCCCAGGAGGAGGAGAAGAACCCGGAGAAGGGCAGCAUGAAGGACCAGCUCAAGGACAAGAAGGUCAAGUGCCGUAUCUGCAGCGGCGAGCACUUCACCGCGCGCUGUCCCUUCAAGGACACCAUGGCUCCCGUCGACGAGCCCGCCGGCGGUGCCGGUGGCGUCGAGGGCGGCGCCGACGAGGGGGCCGCCGCCGCCGGCGGCCUGGGCGCGACCUCCGGCAGCUACGUGCCUCCUCAUCUACGGAAGGGUGCCGCCGGCGGCGGCGAGCGCAUGGCUGGCAAGUUCGAGAAGGACGAUCUGGCGACUUUGAGAGUUACGAACGUCAGCGAGUUGGCAGAGGAAGGCGAGUUGCGGGAUCUGUUCGAACGCUUCGGUCGUGUCACCAGAGUCUUCCUGGCCAGAGACCGGGAGACCCAGAGAGCCAAGGGUUUCGCCUUCAUCAGCUUCGCGGACCGCAGCGAUGCUGCCCGUGCCUGCGAGAAAAUGGAUGGCU